AUGCUAUGCCUAGGUGUUGACUUUGCCAAAUGCCAACUGGUUGUGGAAGCAUUCCCUGCCGAUGAGGAUGAACGGAGGGUGUGGAUACUGGAACAACACCAAACUUGGAAUCAAGCCCGGUUCUCAGGAUCGAUGGAGUUCACAGCAGGUCGAGGCCGAGCAGACAUCACUGUGGCAGCCUUUGCUCACAUGGCUUUUCAGUCGAGCCAAGAGACUGUUCUGUUAGCUGAUCUCGAAGGUUGGAUGGUCAAUACUACACAGACGGUCAUGCUGUUUGAUCCAAUGGUACACUCGGAUACUGGAACCAUGUGUCUCGGCGAUCAAGGUGAAGAAGGGCUUGAACAGUUCAAGAAGCAGCACAAAUGCAAUCGCAUCUGCUUGGCAAUCGGACUAGAUCCUCUGACUGAUGCAGCAUCUGCUUCCCAUGCAUGUACUGAAAUCAUGGAGGGAGAGGAACCUGAGCAGGGGACAUCGGCUUCUACUACUGGAGCGAAGGGUACCAAGAAGCAGCCUGCAAAGAAGAAGCCAAAGCGGACCACUCGAGCUGCAACUGAACAACCACGAGCUACAGUAGCAGAGGAGAUUAUGCCUCGGACUAUCCUGUCCACAGGCCGUGCUGUCUAUGCACCUCGAAGAUGA